CUCAGCGUCACCACCCUCCAAUGCUUGCCGAGUUCCCCGCCACCUGAUAGCGCCUAAUCAGCUAUCCGAGGGGGGAAAGGCGGCUGCCUGAUAGCGCGCCAACACCCACGUCCCUCUUGGCGCCAGAGACCGUGGCAGGAAAUCCCAGCCUUUUGGUGUGGUGACCUGUUCCGAGCCAGCCCCAUCCAAUCCAUCCAUCAUCAUUCACAAACUCCAUCUUUUCUCCCACCACUCCUCCUCAGGUCUUGGGUCAACUGAUCUGAACUGGUCCUUUCUCCAGUCUCAACAUACGCAGACUAACUUGUUCUCGUCUGUCUCUUUUCUUCUUUUUGUUCUUUUUUUUUUUCGUUUCUUGCGUUUGUCUUUUGCCAUAUACCCCCCCUUGCGCAACCUCGACGAGUGGGCAGUGCCUCGAUUCCACUUCCCCGUUGCUUAUCGGCCUGCUUUCGUCAUUCGUCAUCUCGGCGUUCGUCCUGCGCCAAAGUCAACGUGACACCCCAAACGUUCCUGAUCCAUCCAUCCAUCCAUCCAUCGCCUUGUGCAGCUGGGCAAAAAAGUCUACUGCUUUUUCCAACGAACCCCGCGUCCACUGCGAAGAGCCAUCGACCGCUGCGCUGCGACAUCAUCACUCGAACGGCCCGCCCGUCUCUCUUUCAUUCGCCGACGCCUGGUUCUUGGGUAGUUCGCUACAGGUCGCUCGCCCGCUGGGAUUGAGCGGAACGAUUAGGGACAGAAACAGAACAGAACAGGACAACUGUGGACAUCAAGGAGAGCAAGAGUUGGCCUUAUCUGAAAAGGGUGUUGCGGGUGCAUGUGGUCCAGCCGUGAUUGCCGGCAAUCGGUUGUUCGCAGUGCGUGAGAGGUGAUAUCCAACAUGACCAACAACCGCCACUCUUUCCACACAAUGGAUCGUUACGAUCACUACCCCUCGAAUCCAAACCCGGCCCCGAAUGGCAUCAUCAUCGGCCUGCUGUCGUCGUUCGGGUCGGCCAUCGUGAUACUCUGCGUGUUUCUCAUCAUCUACUAUUUCAAGUACACAUCCUCGGGCCGCAUCUUCCUCGACCGGAUCGGUCGUCCCGGCGAGUACGAUGACGAGCAGGCGUUUGCACGGGAGGAGGCCGAGGCAUUGGAGACGAUGGAUGACAUGCAGAGGACGGAAUAUUUGAGAGCAAAGGCCUUUAUUGCUGCCAACCCCCCCGAGUCUGUGCAGACGGACAUCUCGCUAUCGCAGUAUCUGGCUAUUCAGGAGAAGGGUGUUUCUGCUUGGGAGUUUGAGCCGGAGCUGGAGAUUGCCAACUGCUUUGUUGAAGCCCGUACGGAGAUUGAGUUCUUCGAUUCGGAAUGCACCGUCAUGAGCAAUCUGCCAGUACCAAAACAGAACGAAGUCUACUACUGGGAAGCCAAGAUCUACGAGAAGCCAGACAAUACUCUGGUCAGCAUCGGCAUGUGCACGAAACCCUAUCCGCUGUUCCGGUUACCAGGCUUCCACAAACACUCUGUUGCCUAUCUUUCCAAUGGUUCUCGCCGCUACAACCAACCGUUCAAGGGCAACCACUACGGCCCCCAAAUUGUUCAAGGUGACGUUAUUGGCGUUGGGUACCGACCUCGGACCGGCGCUAUAUUCUUCACACGAAACGGGAAGAAGCUGGAAGAAGCCGCCCACGGCAUGAAGACGCAAAACUUCUUCCCCUCGAUCGGAGCGAAUGGCCCAUGCAUCGUGCACGUCAACUUUGGCCAGGCCGGAUUUGUUUUCAUCGAGGCCAACGUGAAGAAGUGGGGUCUGGCCCCCAUGACGGGCUCACUGGCACCACCUCCGCCAUACGGCUCUGAGCAAGGCAGCAUUCUUCUCGAAACGGGACGGAAGGACGGAUACACAGGGUCAUACACUCGCGGUCAUGGCGGAAGUCAGUCUGUGCAGCUUUACCCUAGGCAAGGAGGACCCGGUUUGAAUCCCGGUCAUACCCGUUCGAGAUCUGGUAACUUCAGAGUUCUCCCACCCACCAGCCCAGGGCCCCAGCGCAGCCCAACCGAUAUUUCCCUUUCCCAUUUGGUUCCUACAGAAGACGCCGGAGAGCCUAGCAGCGCCGCGGCAGCUGAAACACGCAACGAGGAGGGGGCGCAAAAUGCAGGCCUUGGUGUUCACGACCCCAACCAUCCGCCCCCACCAGAGUACACGAGCCCGGAACACUCGGAUGCCGAGCGCGAUGACAAUGACGAUGAGAACCGGCCAUUGAUCAACAUCAGCAGGAGCCGUAAUGGCUCCCUGGCUACUGUUCGAGCGAGGAGCGCUAGCAAUGCUCAGGGUCGGCCCAUUCAACAGCGCUCGUCACCAAGUCCUCCCAUUCCAAGCUAUCAGGAUGCCAUUUUGCAAGGAGCUGGGCGUGACAGAAGCGGCAGCGCCAUGUCGUCGAGAUCGGCGAGAUCAGGAAGGACCGGGAGGUAA